GCAAAAACGCAGUGAAAACUUUGCUAAUGCCGGAAGAUGCAAGCACUUUGGGAUCUGAUGACGGUCAUUCAUUGGUUAACGUUUAGACUUUCUUAGUGUUUGUGGUACAUGUUUGAUGGAUUCGUCGUAGUCCUAGUGAUUGUGAAUAAUAAAAGUCUUCAACUGCCAAUGAUAAGUCAGGACAUCCCAUCAUGCCGUUACCUGGCAACCACACUGAAUCCUCCAGCACCGCUGUGAAGAUGUUUAACAACUCAACAACGUUGCCAAGCGAUGACAACAUGACUACAACUGCAAACACUGCAGAACUUAUUCAGCGCCUCAAUGAUGAGGUGGCUCGACUGAUGCUCCCUGCCACAAUUUAUAUCGUGAUUUGUAUGGUUCUCGGUUUAAUUGGCAAUGUGAUGGUAUGCUUCUUCUAUGGCUGCAAGACGAAGCGAACUACAAACACAUAUUUCAUUGUGAUACUUGCGCUGUAUGACAUAAUUGUUUGUGCCAUUUCCAUGCCAACAGAAAUCGUCGACAUACAGCUGUACUAUACAUUCGAAAACAAUAUCGCUUGUAAAAUUCUGCGAUUUGUUAACUACUUUGCUGGAAUUGGGUCAAUUCUUACUCUCGUUGCCAUAGCGACCGAUCGUUUUAAAAAGAUAUGCAGGGCAACGCAACCUCAGUUGACUUUCAAAACAACAAGGUUUGUUAGUGUUGGCAUUAUAGGAAUUGCAAUUUUCUUGUCAUGGCCAUCUUUGUUGAUCUAUGGAUCAAUAAAGGUUCCUAUUGACAACGAGUAUGGUCUUGAUCUAUGGGGGUCAGACUGUACCUCAACGAAAGACAAAGCAUACCGGAAAUAUGUAUGGAUGUUUAAUGGAGUUCAUUGCUUACUCUUCAUUAUCUUAUCGAUAGCGUUAAUCGUGUUAUACAGCAUUAUCGGAAACAAAAUAUUUAGUCACAAUAAAAAUCUACAAAAACAUCGCCCUUUCCAAAAACAAACGUCAAACAAUGACGCAGAUAUAUCUUUCACGAACACGCAAACCAGCACGACCGAUGAAAGAGUUAGCAAAGAUUCCAAAGAUCAUUCUGCUUCCAAACUGGACCAAGGCACUCACGGUAUAAUGAAAAAUCAUGUCGGAACUAAGACUAGCGUUAUUCCACAAAAGAAUAUAAGAGUGGACAAGGAAUCUGUGAGGAUUACCAUGGUGAUGAUCAUCGUUACUGUUAUAUUCAUAUUAAGUGGCCUCCCUUUCCUCUCGUUGACCGUAUGGAGGAUAGUGGAAGGCAAGCACGAGGCGUUAUUUCUCUCCGGAGCUGGGUUAGUCGGUUUCAAAAUUGGGUCAAGGUCUUUCCUGCUGAAUAGUAGCCUUAAUCCAUGGAUUUACGGCAUAUUCAACAGGAACUUCAGACGAUUCUUUUUUGGAUGGUGUUGUGAUUGUUUUGCCUACAUUAAAAAGCGUUGUCAGCGUCAUUAGAAUUUAGCACUCACUAUAAAUGAUUUCUUUCGCGUCGAUGUGUUGUUAUGCUGCAAAAAAAAAAGAAUUGUUAAUGUAAUGGAUGGUGUUGUGGUUGUUUUACCUACAUUAAGAAGCGUUGUCAGCGACUUUAGAAUUUAGCUAUAAAUGAUUACUUUCACGUCGAUGUGUUGUUAUGCUGUUUUUUAAUUGUUAAGAUAAUGACCUAAUUUUCAUAAAAAGAAUCGCGAAAGUUGCGAACAGAAUCAAAUGUACUACUUAUACCCGAAACCAAAAUGGGGGCAUUCGUAACAACUCGGCAAUCUCCGGUAAGCUUCGAGAUUCCUGUUUGAUACUGGCCGAGGUGUUCCGAUUGAAAUGGGGGAUCCAGCUAAAGUUUCAUACAACCUCAUGUAUAACGCUAUUGUGGUCGUCCAAUGUCCACCGUGAACUGCCAACCACACCCUUAAGUGCCAUAUAAUAUAUUUAUACUGCUUUGCCUAUUAUAACCAAACUUUAUACUGGGAAUCAUUAUUAUCAUUAACUUGUCCUCGUUUGAACGUUUUCGAUGAAAAGCGUUCCAUGUUUAUU